GCUUCCUGUAAGGUCAAAGUUCAACUGCUAGCCUAUCAUAGCUAGCUAGCAUAGUAGCAACACCACCCCGAUAAGAUAGUUUACUCUGUCACAAUGGAAGUAAAUCAAGCGAAACAAGAACACCUACUCGCAUUAAAAGUGAUGCGGUUAACAAAACCGACACUCUUCACAAACUUGCCAGUGACAUGCGAAGAUCGAGAUCUGCCAGGGGAUUUAUUUGCUCAGCUUAUGAAGGAGGACCCCUCCACCAUCAAAGGAGCAGAGGCUUUAAUGCUCGGAGAGAUGCUUACAUUACCGCAAAACUUUGGAAAUAUUUUCCUUGGCGAGACCUUCUCCAGUUACAUCAGUGUGCACAAUGACAGCAACCAAGUUGUGAAGGACAUUCUUGUGAAGGCUGAUCUACAGACCAGCUCACAGAGGCUCAACCUCUCGGCGUCAAACUCCGCAGUAGGCGAACUCAAACCUGAAUGCUGCAUUGACGAUGUUAUCCACCACGAAGUCAAAGAAAUUGGAACACAUAUCUUAGUUUGUGCUGUCAGUUACACCACUCAGUACGGGGAGAAGCUCUAUUUUCGGAAGUUCUUCAAAUUCCAGUGUGAGAAAACGACCGCAUUCAGUUUGCACUCUAUUUUCAAUCAGGUUUUGAAGCCGUUGGAUGUGAAGACAAAGUUCUACAAUGCAGAGAGUGACCUCAGUUCUGUGACAGACGAAGUGUUCCUGGAGGCUCAGAUCCAGAACAUCACCACGUCUGCGAUGUUCAUGGAGAAGGUCUCUCUCGAGCCCUCCAUGAUGUACAACGUCACAGAGCUCAACACGGUCGCAAGUGGAGAAGAUGGAGAGUCCACAUUUGGGAAAAUGUCCUACCUGCAGCCCAUGGACACAAGGCAGUACCUGUACUGCCUGAAGCCAAAGCCAGAGUACGCGGAGAAGGCAGGCGUCAUCAAGGGUGUGACGGUGAUAGGGAAGCUUGACAUCGUAUGGAAGACUAAUCUCGGGGAGAGAGGGAGGCUGCAGACCAGUCAGCUGCAAAGAAUGGCUCCAGGGUAUGGAGACAUCAGGUUGUCUUUGGAGAUGAUUCCUGACACUGUCAACCUUGAAGAACCUUUUGACAUUAUCUGUAAAAUCACCAACUGCAGCGAAAGAACCAUGGACUUGGUGCUGGAGAUGUGUAACACCAGGUCCAUCCACUGGUGCGGUGUAUCAGGGCGACAGCUGGGGAAACUCAGUCCCGGUGCCUUCCUCUCUCUGCCCCUCAUACUCCUCUCAUCCGUCCAGGGUCUGCAGAGUAUUUCUGGAUUGAGACUCACAGAUACCUUUCUGAAGAGGACGUACGAAUAUGACGACAUCGCACAAGUGUGUGUUGUCUGCCCAUAUACGAACAAUGAGUGCUAGACAUUUUAUUUCGCUUUUUGCAUUUUAGAUAUGAAUGGACCAACGGUGGAAUUCUGCACUGACAUUUCACUCUUUUUGCAACCUGAUGGGAUUAUACUGUAUUUUAAAAUAAAUUGUGAAUAAUAUGAAUCACUUUCUUUGCAAAUAAUUAUGUAAAUGUGCAUAAAUGUUAAUAAAAAAACAUCGGUCAUCUUU